UUACGAACGCCAAUGGUGGCCGUUCCGGGAGAUUGAGUUUAAAAUCUGUUUGGGAUCCACUUCUUGAAUAGAUCUUAUUUCAUAGUUGAACUAUGAAACUGAAAUUGUAUAGCGUACAUUCAGACUAAUAUAUAUAGACUUAUCUUUAAUGAAUUAAAAGUCCAAAUUUCAGUGUCAUUUUGAAACCAGUGCGUUUACAUUAAUUUGUUCCAAGAAAAGCUCAGCGGUUAGUUCAGAAGAACUCAUAUGAGAAUAUAAUAACACGGAGGCUUGCGGAAAUUGCUUGAUCCAGCAUCACUCACACGUAAACGCCAUUUGGUGUGUUUGAUAUAUCUUUAUUGUCAGGAACAUUGGAGUACUAUUUUCAAUAUAAUGUGAGCCACUUUGAAAACAAGAAGUACUAUCAGACUAUAGUUAAAAAUGGAACAAGGAACAUCCAAAUCUGAAUAUUCGUCGCUCUUCACACCUUCAGCUGAAACCACAACACUAGCGUCCGAUGUAGAAAAUUUCGACGUGAUGUUAUGUUUCCACUGUAACUCAAAUCUUAAAGAUCCUGUGUUGGAAGCGAUACGCAUCUUAAAUGAAAAAGAAAUUUCCGCAAAGUCCUCUAUAGAUGCAACAAUUACCGCCGGAAAACUCAAGCAAGAUUGCAUUAUGCAGUUCACAAAGCGCAGCAAAUACAGAGUUUACCUGAUCAACAAAGCAUUUGUGAAACACGAAUUGGCUCACCACGGACCAAUUUUGUACAACGCAAAAUUGUCAACUUCUGAGAACACGAUCCUUAUGGCAAGGCCGAUCCACCAGAAGAAGAUACCGGAUGGCGUAAAACACUUACCAAUGGAAAAUUUGCCCAACCGAAUUAAUGCGGAAUAUAUAGCAGAAAAAAUCAUUGAAUUCAUAAAGGAAAACAAAACAAUGACUUCACUUCAAAGUAACUUGAAGUUUAUAGUGGCAGAACCUGUAGAACCGAAUGAACAUAAAAUUCAAGAAUUCGAAGCUAAAAAACAACUAUUCCGAGAAAUGGUGGAUGGAUUUGAAACAAAACGAGCGUUUGUUCUUUGUACUUGUAUUAAGCCAACAUUUCCGUUUGCUUGCAAACUAUCACUUAUGCCAUGGCUGAAAGUGUUUGAUUUCGAUUCUGACAGUGAAAAUGAUGGUCUUCUCAGUGUAGCAAAAGGUAACCUGCAGUCAGGAAAGUUUUCCGUAACAUGCGCUUCGGAAGAACCCGUGAAGUCCUCAGACAUGAAAACUGACUGGACCAUUGUCAAAACGGAAGCCAGUAUUACUCCUGAAACUUUAAGCAAGCAUAUAUCGUCACUUUCUUACUUUUGCGCUGGGCAAAAGCCAGCAACUAUGCUUAUUGUUUGGUAUCACAAAAGUGAUGACGAUCUCGAAGAUUGCCUGAGGGAUCUUAUAACAAAUAUAAAUCACGAUUUCAAGCCGCCCCGGAGAAUCAAGUUUGUUUUAUGUCUUUCUGAUGUUCCCGAUGAAAGUACGGAAUUUGGUAGAAUAUCAAAGAAAUAUGCUAAUGACAACAGGGUUAUAGCUCCACUUGAAAAAAUAUGCGAAUGGAUUCAAGAAAUUGCGGCUAAUCGAAUAAAGGAUAUGAAGGUGACAAGGCUCACUUUGCCGCGUUUGAAGGAUGAAGAUGAUAACAGUACCACUUUCACACUGAAAGAAGAUGAAAUGAAUUGGCUGUUGACGGAUAUGCAUGUGCUGACUUUUGAUGAACACGAGACAAUUACUCAGCCGGAUAAUGAGAAGGUAGCACAACACGCUGACGAUUAUUUAAAGGGAGGAGAUUUGACAUGGGAUGUCAUUGAAGAUGGUUCAUUUGAUGUUCGGAGGGAUAUUCAGCAAAGUAUAAUAGAAUGUCUAGAUUAUCAGUAUAUUAAAGCUGGAAAGUCAGGAAUCGUCACUUUAUUUCACUCUCCUGGGAGUGGUGGAUCAACAGUUGGUCGGAGAGUUCUCUGGGAGUUCCGGAAGCACAUACCAUGCAUGGCACUUCCCUCAAAGACAGAGGUUCAAGAUGAUUUUCGCGACAAAAUAAAAACAGUUAGAGAUCGCUCCAAUCUCCCAAUCUUACUUUUAAUAGAUGGCAGGUCCGGUCAAGAAGUAAGGAAUAUUCUUGAUCUUUGCCGUUACGAGAGGUUGGUUAUACUUCAUGUCUUACGUUACUAUUCGCUGACACAGAAACACCCCAAGACCGCUUUCUUCUUUUUACCCGACUAUAUUUCGGAAAACGAGGCUCAGAAAUUUGAAAAGCUUUUGGUAAAACACGGAAAUGCUGGUAUAAGGAAAAAGUUGGCGAAUCUCACCAAAGAUGUGGGUCAAAAAGUUCGUCAUUCAGUAUUUGAAUAUGGUCUCACGGCUUUUCAUUCAGAGUUCCGUGGCGUCAAAAAAUACGUAGAAAGUCAUCUUCUCCUUGAGAAAGGAUUGCAGCCUUGGCAUAAAAUUGCCGCUUUUUUAUCUCUUGCAAAUUAUUAUGGAAACUGCUCUGUACCAUCAGAAUUUUUUUCGAUAAUUCUUGAAAAACAACCUUAUGUUUCAGUGGACCUGCAAACGGACAUUCCAGAAUUGGGGCAGCAGUUUAUUCGCGAAUGUGCUGAUAUCUCAGAGUGGAAAAUAUCUCAUUAUAUUGUUGCACAAGAAAUCUUAAAUCAAUAUAAAAGUAAAGCAAAGAUUGAAUUAGAUGCAUUGUCCAUCGAUUUUCUUCACUGCACUCGCUCACAUUUGGUUGAUCCACGAAAUAUUCCGCAUCCUAUACUGAGAAUCUUGAAUAAUAUUUUCAUAAUAAGACACAGCGAAGGUGCAUACGAAAAUGAUGAUUAUAAAACCAAACCAACAUACUCCCGAUUAAUCAUGGACGUAGGCGACCAACAGAAGCAAAAAUGCGUUUUCAAGAAGCUGACUGUGGAAUUUCCUCAAAAUGCCGAAUUUUACGCUCACUAUGGUCGUUUUUUGGGUAAAUCCGGUCAACACAACGAAGCUAUAGAUGCCUUGAAAGUGGCUGUUCGUAUCAGAGAACAGGCAAUUGGAAUAGCAGGAAAAAAUACAUCGGAUUCAGGGGAUGAAGUGCUUUAUAGAAUUCACAGUAUGUUUGGUUAUGCUUACAAUGCACAUGUGAGACAUAUUUUUGGAAAUCACAGUGUUGGAUUUAUGAUUGCAGCAGAAUAUUCUCAACUUUCUCAAAAUAACCUUCAAUCCGUACACAAAGCCGUAUCGUGUGCUAUUCAACAAUUUCAGAAAUGUCGAAGUUACUAUUGUCCUAGCGUAAGUCCAUCAUAUGGGUUCAUUGGCGAAAUCCAAAUUCGUCUAUAUCUAGCGGAGUUCUGUAAGAAGAUAACGAAGCACAAUAUGCGCGAACUAUGCGAUAGAAAUCACCGCUUUCACUUUUUAUGGGAUAUGAUUUGUGAUUCGUUUAUCGAGUGUGAUUUUCUCUUAGAUCAAUGCAUCAAAGCGAUGGACGGCAUGGGAGUGGUACAGAAUGAAAUUGUCAGAUUUUUGAACCUUUUCAAUGAUUAUUUUAUCACAUCAAUCGGAGACUUUAAAAAAUGGAUUUCUGAUGAUGGCACCAUGUCAUCAAAGAGGUAUAAACUGACUUUAAUAAAAAUGCAAAUGAAGACUAACAAAGGAAGAGAGUUUCGCAUUUUUCAAGAUCUGACACCAAAAUCAUAUGCAGUCGAUGAGUUUUUACAAUCUCUUGAAGACAUAUUUAAACAUAGUGCAUACCACCGAAUUAAAGUUUCGUUGUAUAUGGAAGAUUGGCUACAGGCAAUUAGAUUGUCUAAAAAUACGAAGAGUUAUGAUUUUCACCGCAUCAUGCAGUAUGUGGAUAAAUGGGACAAAAAACAGGAGAGGGAAUCGCUUUCAACGUUGUACAAUUACAUACUGCACUUCCUUCGAGCUAUCCAAACUCAUAUUCCAGUCGAUAUAUUGUCUCUAAAUCGUAUUCAUCAACAGCUGGAAAAUAGGCACAAAAUGCUUCCUCAAUGGAAGUUAGAGAGGCCGGUGGAGUGGCUAACAGUUUUUCUGAAAAACGACAACAGUCCUUUGGAAAUGUUGAGGCAUCAUUAUCAGCAAAAAGACUUUCCUCUAGAAAUCCGGCAAUUCUUCAGGGGACAUGUUGUAGACGUUCGUGGUUGGAGUGGUUUUAUUGAACUUCGUUCUAUGGGGUCAAUGAAAAUCCGAGUGUUUUUCGCUCCCAAUAAAUUCAAUAUUAAGAGUUACCACGCAAGCGAACGUUGUCCUGUUGAGUUUAUCAUUGGAUUCAAUCCAAAACAUGGUGCUCAAGCUUAUAAGAUAGCAUUUUUACAUUGGAAACAGUGUGUUCGUUGUAAUGUUAAAUUUGAAACAUCCGAACUGUCGAAAAUGCCUUGCCCAACAUGUCGUUUCGCAAAUUGACCAUGGGCAAUUUUUAACUUGUACAGAAGCAACUGUUGAUAUUUUGACUACAAAGCCUAUAUUAAAUAAAUUGUAUAUUGUUACCUUCUCAUUACGAUUAAUGAUUUUUA